AUGAUUCCAAUGUGGUUGGGCUCCAUUUUCGAUCCUGACUUGUGUCCCGAAAUGGAGCAAGAAGGCUUCUCAUUGGGAGCCUUCACGGUGAUUAAAACAAUGUUAAGGAAAAUACGUAGUGGUACGAUUCACGAUUCGUCCCAAUCCACCGUUUUUAUCCUUAUUUCACCGGCUCAAGUACCGGUUGCACUGCAGGUGUUGACAGUUGUGUACAAUGAUGCUGCAUGCAUUGCUUGGCUAGCACAUGCUGCGCAGUGUUCGGUGAGUGAACUCGUGCCUAGAGGGGAAGUUUUUCCUCAUGCUGAUCGUUACAUACACGAGCGGCUCAAACAGGAGGACCUUAGCACUGUUCCUCAGGAUGAUCGAGUUGAUUUAGCCAUUUUUCAGAUAUGUCGCGUACUUGAGUUGCUGUCUGUAUUCGAUCUACGCUCACAAUCUGCGGUGGACCGUUCCAUUCUUAUUUACGCUAUCUGUCGCCUAGCUUUGGACAAAUCCUCAUGUUGUACCAUGCAGCAUCGAGCAAGUAUAGCUAUAGAGAACGUAUGUUUUUGCGGUUCUAUAGUAUUUGUACCACGUAUGCAAUAUUGGAAAGCUUAUCUGUUGGAACUAUCUCCAUUCGCAUUAUCCAUGAGUCAGUGUCACCUCACGUCACUUUGUAGACCAGUAAUGGUGUGUUGA